AUGUUUGUUUCAGUUGAGAAUUUAUGUGAAGGAGAUAAAGAUGAAUGGUUAAUACCGAAAAACGAGGCAUUUAUAUUUAGAUUUCUUGGAAACGAUCAGUAUAUAAUUAAAGCUAAUUCUCUUGAUACGAGCUUAAAACCUGAAAUAAUUGAUCAUCCAUAUGAUAAACGUAUAACAAAUUUGGAAGAUGAUAUGAAAUAUCCAUAUGAAGUAUGUCGUCAAUUGGGUAUUUAUACCUCUUUUUGCAAUAUAUCAACAAAACAAACAUAUGUGUGCGGAUCUCCAGCAAUUUUGAAUCCUUCCUUGUUCAAUGUGAUAGAUUCUCAAUUGGUAUCAUCAAAAUCCGGAACUCAUGAAUUAAUAGCAAUAACACGUGGUUAUGAAGAUUAUUUUGUUUUCAUUGAAUAUGGAACAUUCAAAAACAAAUAUGCUGGAAACAGAUUUGCUGAAAAUAAACAAGUAAUGGCACUUUCAACAAUCCCAAUUAGAUGUACUUCAAAAGAGAAUGAACUAGAGGUAGAAAAUGAAAAUGGAUUAUAUAGUUGUACAACAACAAAUGGAUUAAAUUUAAAUGUUCUUAAAGCUAAUAGUGAUGACAAUAUCACUAAAAGUUUUGACAUCAACACAAAUACAGAUAACAUCGUGAAAAUCAAUGAUGUUAUUUAUUUAUAUAAAGGAUUCUACAAUCUGGAAAUAAAUGGAACACUUACUGUUUCUUGUAAAGGAGCUUUAUACAUUCCAGAUAUGACUGAUCUAGAAAUUAUUUCUUCUUCAGUAGCGCCAAAAGAUGAAGGAUAUUAUUUUGAUAGAAAUGAAAUUACAAUUCAACUUAAAUCGAACAAACUUGUUAAGUUCAAAAUAUUCUGUUCAAAAGAUAGCUAUUAUCCAAGCGGAAUAUGUUAUAAUGUUCCUUCAGGAAUAUAUAAAUCUCCGGAUAUAUAUAUUAUUAGUGACUUUCAAUUUCAUUUAUACAAUAGUAAUGAUACAAUAUAUUACUAUCAUGUAGAUUCUAUUGCAGAUAUAAGAAAUGACAAACUUCCAUUGGACUACAAAUACAAAUGUGUUGGUGGAGCUACGUUAGAAAAAUUAAGUUUUAAUUUCAGCGAAGAAUUAACUACAAAUAAUACAAUUAAUGAAUAUUAUAUGAAACCUGGAAAAGAAUACAUUUAUAAUAGUUCACAUUGCGCAUUUAUAACAGAUGAAACCGAGGAAGUCUACAUUGCAGGAAAUUCCGAAAAAGAGAAAUUUACGAAAUUAGAUCCGACACAAUAUUAUGAGUUUUCAAAUGGAUUUAAAUUGAAAUAUGAUGGACCUCGCGAAAAAAUUAGAGUUCUCGUUCAAUGCACAUCAGGCGGAUAUUUUACCGGGUAUGAGAAAGAACAAACAAAAAAUGGUGUGCCUUUGAAACCUAUAUUGACUAGCACUCAGGAAUUAUAUGCUAUCAAGCGUUCUAAUAAAACAACAAGAGUGUAUUUCUUUGAUAAUAAUUCUAUUGAAUAUUUUAAUGAAAUCGAGGAAAAAAUUAUCCAUAUUUAUUAUGGGUCUUUACCAUUUGUAGAUGAUUAUAUAAUCUCAAACUAUCAAGAUUACCCUCAAUAUAUUAUUGAUGGAAACAAUACCAUAGAUUUAAGCAAAAAUUCCAAUUUUUUAGGUAUUAUUAUAGGAUGUGUUACUGCUGCUGUAGUAGUAAUCAUAGUUAUUAUUGUUGCUAUAGUCUGUGCAGUAAAGAAAAAGAAGAAUGCACAAGUACAUCAAGCUUCUAGUUCCAGUUCAAGUUCAAAAGUUUCCCAGCAAGCAAACAAUCCUUAA